AUGUUUUUGGCAAAUGGAAGACUUGCUUAUUUUGGAGAACCUUCAAAAACAGUUGAUUAUUUAAAUUCUUUUGGUUAUCCUUGUCCACGUAAUUAUAAUCCUGCGGAUGCUAUGAUUCAAUGCCUAAGCAUUGAAAUGUAUAAUGAAGAAAUUUGUAAAGAAAGAAUUGGCAAAAUUUGUGAUGAUUGGGAAGUUAAUGAAAAUGCUUUGAAAUUGAAAAAUGAAAUUGAGGAGCAAAACAAAAUUGUUGUUGAUAAACCGGAGAGAAGAAAAAGAGCAACGUUUGGUGUUCAGACCUCAGCUCUAUUAAAACGUUCAAUACUCGAUAAUAUACGCAAUCCAGGCUUAGCAAAAGCAAAAUUAUCCCAAAAAUUAAUUAUGGGAAUAUUUAUUGGCCUAUUAUAUUUUCAAACUUCUCCUCAAAAUUUUAUUGGAAUUUCAAAUUUAAAUGGGGCAAUGUUUUAUAUAGUUGUAGAAUUAACUUAUUCGACAUUAUUUGGAAUUAUAACAUUUAUGCCAGCAGAUUUUAAUUUAAUUGUUAGAGAAUAUCAUGAUGGGCUAUACAAUUUAUUGGCUUAUUUUGUGGCGAGGAUAUGCUCAUAUAUCCCUUUGUUUGCUAUAGAUGGAAUUGUGUUGGUGGGGAGUUCGUAUUGGAUGACGGGAUUGGUACCCAAUGUUGGUAGAUUUGGAAUUGCUUUGGGUAAGGAUUUGUAUUUUGGUGGGGGGAAGGGGAUAUGGAGAGGAGGGUUGGGGGAGGUUGAGGUUUUUGUAAAUUUAAAGUUGGGACUCUAGUGGUCAACGAGGUAAGAGAAAAUAUUUUUGGAGAGGAUUUUUAGGGCUUUUGUGAAUGUGUUUAGAGAGGAGUAAUGUGUUUGUGUUUAAAGUGAGACUCUAGUGUACAAUAAUAAAUUUUUGGGAUUGAGGUAGACGUUUGGGCCCACAGGAAUACUUUCCUGACUCUAUUAGGCUCUGGGAUUAAGGUUGUAAGAUCCGGAUAUUUCCAACUAUCCGACAAUCUUAUCUGGAAUGUUGGGAUUCAUGUCGGAGCUAGGCGGGACUUAGUGAAUAGACGCUUGAGUCUCAGUUUUGAAUGUUU